AUGAAGCGGUGCCAAGGGUGCGACGCAGCCGUGGAGGGUACGGACCCUCACACUGCUUGCGUUAUGUGUCUCGGCGAGACCCAUGCUCUCGCGGCCUUAACUAAGGUGACCUGCACCGCCUGCGCUGCACUCGGGGCGCAGGAGCUACUGCGCCGGGCAAGCAUGCACCGCGAAGACGCCAGUUGGGCUGACUUCCCGGAGCCUUUUGCCAUGCACUCUCAGGAGGACAGACCGAACCUGCGCGAUGGCAGGGUUCCGUCUGACACGGCCCAUCUGGAAGAGGCGCUCCUGACCCUCGCUAACAGCUCUGGGGACGAGGACGACGACCUCCUUCUCCACUCUAGCGCCGAUGCAACGAACAAUCUUGCUAUCCUAGCGAUAGCACAGACGAACUUGAUCGAGUCCCUUACUUCCUCCCUCGCAGAUGAUGUUUCUGCCGAGCUGAGGAAGAAUGCGGGCGCAAUCCUGCACCUCACCCAGGGGUUGGCACAGGAUUUUGGACGGAUUAUGGGCUGGAGUGUAGCCUCUCUCCGGCACUUAUGGCUAGCGAACUCGGCACUCCCUGAAGCGGACAAGCCCGGCGCUCAAUUGAGGAGCAGCCCGGUGGCCGUAGAGACGCUACCACUAUUGCUAGCGGCAAGGCUUGGACGAAGCCGUUCAACCCUGCUGCACCCAGGGCUCACCCGCCUCAAUCGAAUGCCCAGAAGCGUUCCUGAAUCUCCGCGGGAGAGUGUCAUAGAGGCGAUCCGGUCGAGUGGACCGGACACCCCUCCUUCAAAAGGGGCCUUUUUCCCCGACAUUCAGGCAGUAUUGGAGUCCUCGCCGGCUCAGAAUCGAAGCCGGCCAGGACUCUACGUCGGCCUAUCACAGAUAAGCACCAGGUCGCUGGCUCGAAUUCGACCCCGCCCCCACUUAAGAGCCGGGCUUCUGCAGAUUCAGAAGCCCGUGAAAGACGGCGGUGUGAGACCAAUACUGGACCUGCGAGCUCUGAACCGUCAUUUGGUGAAACGACGUUUUCAGAUGCUAACGCACAAGCGCGUAAUGAGCUCAAUCAGCCAAGGGGACUGGUUCACGCUCGUAGAUUUAAAAGACGCUUACUUCCAUGUGAACAUUGUGCAGCGCCAUUGGCAGUACCUUCGUUUCGCUUUUCUGGGAAGAGCGUACGAAUUUACCAAACUCCCAUUCGGUCGCUGCAUCAGUGGAAUCACGAUUAUGCGCCUGUUGGGUUUAAUGGCGGCAGCAAUCGCCGUGGUUCCGUUGGGAUUGCUACGCAUGAGACCGGUGCAACUCUGGCUCAAGCGAAUGCAUUUCGAUCCAAUGAGAGACCGCGCAAAGCUGUUUCGCAUUCCGCAGUCGGUUGUGAGAGCACUCUCGCACUGGCGAGAUGGGCGAAUGCUGAGUGUCGGUGUGCCAAUGGGCGCUAUCUCCACUCAUGUCCCUGUAUACACAGACGCCUCCACCAAGGGGUGGGGGGCGGUCUGCAAUGGAAUGAUGGCGAGCGGGUUGUGGAACCCUCCUCUGCCUCAUAUCAAUGUGCUGGAGAUCACAGCAGUAUGGCUUGCAUUACAACGUUUCGAACCCCUUCUUCGGGGCAGACACGUUCUAAUCAGAAGCGACAACAAAGCGACAGUCGCUUACGUAAACCGACAGGGCGGCACCAAAUGUCCACAUCUACACCGGCUGGCGGUGAGGAUCUGGACUUGGGCAUACCCGCGAGUUCGCUCCUUACGGGCGCUCUACGUCCCGGGGCAGCUGAACUGCGGCGCAGACCUCUUGUCUCGGGGCGGUCCCUCCCCCCUAGAGUGGUGUCUUCACCCACUCGUGGUAGCGGAGGUGUGGUCACGCUUUGGGAAAGCGAGAGUGGAUUUAUUCGCCUCCCGACAGAAUGCGCAUUGCCCAUUAUGGUUUGCGAUGACAGCAACCGGCUCGCCCCCACUGGGAGUGGACGCGCUAGCCCAUUGCUGGCCCAAGGGCCUCCUUUAUGCCUUCCCUCCCUUUGGUCUGGUACCGCAGGUACUAGCCAAAGCGAGAGAGGAGAGGAAACCCCUGAUUUUGAUCGCGCCAGAUUGGCCGCACAAACAGUGGAUGGCCGAUGUAGCCCUGCUGCUGACCGACGUCCCGUGGCGACUUCCCCAGCGCCGGGACCUCCUG